CCCACUCACAAACAAGCGCCGAUACCAUCGGAGGGUGCAGCUCCGCAUGGUGAGAGACACGUACCACUACCGCCGAAGCACGCUUGUCUACUUGACCAUCAAGUACCACUCCUUUCAUUUCCUUUGGUGCUGUAUGUUUUGUUAUGUCAUAGUGGGCAACCCACAAGUUGAUACGCAACCCGUUAUCUGGGCCAAUGAGAAUUCACGGGGAUUUGAAGUCCCGAACGAGAAAAAAUGUCUAUAUAAAGCGAGCAAUUUCGCCUUUCUUUUUUCUCUUCUCUUCAGUUCGUUUUGGUACAGCUUUGGUCUGUAGUACAAGGCACUGUUUGGUGCCAU